AUGGCGACUGCCAAGGGGAUACCAAUUCCCAGUCCAACUUUUGCUCCAGUGCUUAGGCCGUCAUUAUCGACAGAAGCACUUGUGGCUGCAUCUAGAGGAGGUGCUUCUGCACACUGCCAACUCCACUUCCAGGUCGAGGAUCAUAGGCAUUCACUAUACGAUGAAUCCGGGUCAACCGAUCUUGAUGCCAUGACUAAUGCUCCAGUGCCUGUGGACGACGACCUUGCUGCGUUCAUGGCCGAGAGUGCGGUUAUGCUUGUCAACGGAAAUCCUCAAGACCAUGAUAUACUCACGGAUGCAGAGAAUUUGCAGUCACAGGAUCCACAACUUGAGAUGGUUCAAUCCAUACCCGAUGAGCAUUUCAAGCACCCUGCAGGGUCUCGAACCAUGUCCCUGGAAGCCUUGUAUAAUCUCCAUUUAGGAAGUCCGCUAUCACUGUUUGCGGGAAAUGGAUUCAAUCUCGACCUCUGGUUGCAGACGAAUAAUAUUUACAAUCGAAUCUUUGCCGUGUCCCCCAGAGAUGCGUCUGAGGCGAGAAUCUCAGAUCGUGGCGUUAUCUUCAAGGCGUUCGAACUCGGCUGGGAUUUCCUGAGCCAUAAGGAGCAAAAUAAUCCUGUGAUACAAAUCUUGCGAUGCUACGAUAAUCUCGUCUCGAAAUGUCUCGACCGGGUCAAUCGGCUAGCUAUUGCUUACAAGAAUCAUCUUCUAAUUCAGUACUUCCUGAACCAAGAUUUUAGAGUUCUAGAACGCAUGCCGGCUUGGCAAAGGCCUGGGGGCACUAAAAGAGACAAGAAAUACCCGAUUUUGAUCGACUUUUUUGCCUGGCCGGGACUGCGAGAAACGCUUAUUCGAGGAAGUCUCCGUCUCGACGGCUCGAAGUUUUCCGCCGCCUACAUGCGGGACUUUCGCUUCUCCUGGCCGUUCUCGCUUGAGGACACAUAUGAAUACUUUCCCGCCACGGACACGUAUGUCGCAAGCCCUCUAUUCGAGCGGUAUCACCGCGACCUCAAAUUUUGGACGAUGGAGGAGAGUUUCUUCUUGGAAUUCCCUGAGUUUACUGGUGCUAUGAGUGCCUCGAAUAGCCGGCCACCCAGUGAUUCACUUGGCGGCGCUUCCGCUUUUGAAACAACGUGGCUGCCAACAUUGACGACCUAA